AUGGUGCGGCAGCGUCGCCUCUACACCACCGCACCGUCUCCAAGCCUCAACGGCAGCGGCGGCUCCGCCAGCGCCGCGAGCCACCACCACCACCACGGUGGUGGCAUAAAAAGCGGCGGCAGCAACUCGGCAACCGCGCAGUAUUUGUCCAACAGCGGCGCAGCGUUAAACCACCACGGUGGCGGCAACAGCAGCGGCUCGUCGAGCAGCGCCAACGCAGCGAACAGGCAAUCAAAAACGGCCCCGGCAAUGAAGAUGAAGGUGAAGAAGGGCAAGGCAGCUUGGCGGGUGAAGCGCAAGCGCACCUCGGCAAAGUCUGCCUCGGCAAAUACAGCCUCGUCCGCCGUCGCAGGCUCCUCCGGCUCGUCGCCUAGCAGCGGCAACAACACAAGCAGCAGCAGCAGCAGUAACAGCAACGCAGGCUCCGCAGCUGCCCAGAGUAGUGGCAGCCCUGGCGGCAGCGGCGGCGGGGGUUCUGGUCGUAGCAGCCGAAGCACCAAUCGCAGGACAUCGUCGGCUCGCGCACGGGUGGCGGCGCGUCGUCGCAAGAGCAAAGCACGAUCAGCAUCGGCCGCCUCCGCCACGUCCGUUAACGCGAACUCUGGUCAGACGUCGACCGCUACCGGUGCUGCCGUGAAGGCGAAGGGGAGCAGCGUCGCUCGCAAAAAGCUCCUGUCUGGAAAAGGCAGUCACCGUCAUGUUGCUGGUACUAGUGGUGGUCGCGCGAGUAGUAGUGGGGGUGCAGCAGCGAGCAAGAGCAGCACGGCGUCCCCGCCUUCCCGCUCUUCGUCGGCAUCCAAAGUCCUCUCGCGAUCGAAAGCGAAGCGGCAGAAGAUUCGCAUCUGCGUGCUCACGAGCAGCUACGAGGGGGCCGACUCCGCCACCGCCGACGUCGACAACUACUGGUGCACGCCGCAGCACUACAUGAAGAAGGACCGACAAAAGUACACCUUUGCCGACGUCGCACUGAAGAAAAGCGACUCGUACCGCACCGUGCGGGAGUUGGUGACGUCGAACAAGUAUGACGUCUUCUUCAACCUGUGCGAUGGCAGCCGAGAUGAGAAGCGGGCCGGCGUGGACGUGGUGCAGGCCCUCGAGGAGUUCAACGCCGCCUUCACCGGCACCGACUCCAACAGCUUCGAGCCGAGCAAGAUCGAUAUGAAGCUGAUGGUAGGGACGAGCGGGGUGAAGGUGCCGAACUUCGUCCUCCUCAAGAGCGAGGAGAGCCUCGCCAAGAAGUGUCGGCAUCUCAAGUUCCCGGUCAUCGUGAAGCACCUGUCAGGCUACGCCUCCGUCGGCAUCAACAAGGACAACCGGUGUGACAACCUGGAUCAGCUCAAGACGAAGGUGCGCACCUUCCUGAAGGAGUACAACCACGCCCUGGUGGAGGAGUUUAUUCGGGGGCGGGAGGGCACGGUGCUGGCCUGCGCCGACGCCGGCAGCCCCUUCGCCGUGAAGGUCUUCAAGCCGCUCAUGUUCAACUUUCUGCAGGACGGCGACGACUUCGCCUACUUUGAGAAGAAGUGGACGAUGGAGUGCAACGACGAGGCGUACGGCUUCCUGCCGACCUCCGACCCGGCCUACCAGGCCAUCAUCGACAUGGCGCGCAACGCCCACAAAUAUAUUAUGAACGGCGUCGGCUACGGCCGGAUAGACUUCCGCAUCGACGAGCAGAGCGGGGUUCCGUACUUUCUGGAGAUCAACCCGAACUGUGGCAUGUGGUACUCCCCGAAGGAUGGGGGUGACUUCGCGGAUGUGAUGGUGGAGGGCGACCCGCACUGGAACCACGAGCGCUUUGUCGCCAACGCCGUGUCGCGUGCGCUGCGGGAGCGGGCGGCGCGCAAGCCGUGGUACUUCAUCAGCCACGACCGCAACGGCCAGUUCUCUACCCGGGCGAGCAGGACGGUGGCGGCGGGGAAGUGUCUGUUCGGCGAUGCGAACCACGCCAUCCCGGUGGUGUCCAAAGCGCUGUACAAGCUCGGCGAAGAGGACCCGACGGUGGGCUGCGUCAUCUGCCGCGGCGACGGCGUCCACCACGCCGUGGCGCUGCGGCACUCCUGCGAGCCGAACAUGCAGUUUGUGCACGGCCGCACGCUGCUCUUUGCGGCCAAGCGCCAGAUCAACGUCGGCGAGGAGCUGACGGUGGACUACGCGACGCUGCGGGACGAGUCGAUGCCGCACUUCGUGUGCAGCUGCGGUACACAGAACUGUCGCAGCGUCAUCUUCCCGAUGCCGGCCACCGCGCGCACCGUGGAGGCGAAGGCCAUGAAGCGAUUGCUGCGGGAGAAGAGACAGGUGUGGUUGAAAGAGAAGGCCGAUCGGGAGGCGGAACGGAUUCUAAAGAAGCGCAGUUCGUCUUCGACCGCGAGCAGUGCGUCAUCGGCAAGCAGCAACGGCAACAGUAGCAGUGUGAGUGCGUUGGCUUCCAGUUCUGGUGGUGGCAGCAGCGGCGGCGGUGGGGGCAGCAAGUAA